AUGAGCGAUACUGCAGCCACUCGUCGUCAGCUGAAGAUCAAGUCGGGUUCUUGCAAACGGAUUCGCAGACUCUUCAAGGAGCACAAGUCCUACCAGAAGGAAGAAGAGGACCAGAAGAGAAAGCUCGACAGGUUAAUUGCCAAUACUACAGACCCAGACGAUUGGGACGUCAAGAAUGCAAGGCGCAUGCUGGAUGAAAAUCAGAGGAUGAUCGCGGAUGCUGCCACUCGUCUUGGGAAGGCCGUGCAGGAUCUGCGCGAUGUUGUUGUCUUCGCGAAGCAGGAUUCUGCGCUAGCGGAAGAUGAAGCCUUGAUGCAGGCAGAGGAGGCUCUUGAGGAGAAAUAUACCACGUCGUAG